AUGUCGUGGAGAAACCAGGGAAUCACAGGUUCCAACAACAUUCCUCUCGGAAAGCGCCGCUUCGGUGGCGACGAUGAAGAGCCCGAGUCGUUCAGCAAUGGCAACAGCAACGGCCACGGCAACGGCGAGCUCAAGCGCGGCCGCAGCCCGGAGCCUCGCACCGACGCCGAUGGACCUCGACGCCGAAAGAAGAGAAACCGCUGGGGCGACGCGUCGGAGAACAAGGCUGCAGGCUUGAUGGGCCUCACAACGGCCAUCACGGCGAACAUGACGGGCGAGCAGCUGGAGGCCUACACUCUGCACUUGCGCAUUACGGAAAUCAGCCAGAAGCUUCGCAUCGACGACGUCGUCCCGGCGGACGGAGACAGAUCUCCGUCGCCGCCUCCGCAGUACGACAACCACGGUCGCCGUAUCAACACCCGCGAAUACCGAUACCGCAAGCGCCUCGAGGAUGAGCGCCACAAGCUCAUCGAGAAGGCAAUGAAGACCAUCCCUAACUACCACCCGCCGCAGGAUUACCGCAGGCCCACCAAGACCCAAGAAAAGGUCUACGUGCCUGUUAACGAUUAUCCAGAGAUUAACUUCAUUGGCUUACUUAUCGGACCCCGUGGCAACACUUUAAAGAAGAUGGAAGGAGAAUCCGGCGCCAAGAUUGCCAUCCGUGGCAAGGGCUCCGUGAAGGAGGGCAAGGGACGUUCGGACGCGGCUCACGCUAGCAACCAGGAGGAGGACCUGCACUGUCUCAUUAUGGCCGACACCGAGGAGAAGGUCAAUAAGGCGAAGAAGCUCAUCCACAACAUCAUUGAAACGGCCGCCUCCAUUCCCGAGGGACAGAACGAGCUCAAGCGUAACCAGCUUCGUGAGCUCGCUGCUCUCAACGGUACCCUCAGAGACGACGAGAACCAGGCCUGCCAGAACUGCGGUCAAAUCGGUCACCGCAAGUACGACUGCCCCGAGCGCCAAAACUACACUGCAAGCAUCAUCUGCCGUGUCUGUGGCAACGCUGGACACAUGGCCAGAGAUUGUCCCGACCGCCAGAAGGGUGCCAGCUGGCGCAACGAUGGCCAGGCUGGUGCUAGAGGCCCCGCCGGCCGCAUCGGAAGCGGAGAUGCCGUCGACCGCGAGUACGAGCAACUCAUGCAAGAACUCGGCGGCGGCUCCGGUGCUGCUCCUGCGCGUAUCGAGGCUGGACCUGGCUCGUACAAUGACAACAACAACGGUCCCAGAAGCGAGAAGCCCUGGGAGCGCGGCCCAACCGGCGGUCCUGCACCUUGGCGCAGCAGUCGUAACAACGACUCGCGCGAUGACCGUGACCGCGACGGCGGUGGUUCUACUGCUCCUUGGGCUCGCGACCGUGGUAACCGCCGCGAUGACCACGGCGGUGGCGGUGGCCAUGGUGGCGACAGCUACUACGGCCAGGGCUACGGCGGCGCCCCUGCUGGCGGUGCUCCCGGCGCUGCUCCCUGGCACCAAGCCCCUGGCACUCAAAACGGCGGCUAUGGUGGCUACGGUGGCUACCCCGGAUACGGUGCUCCUCCUGGUAUGAAUGCUGCUCCCCCGAGCGGCCCUCCACCACCUCCCGGUGCUCCUGGUCUUGGAGCUCCUCCUGGUCUGGCUGGUGGUCUCAAUGCGCUCAUCCAGCAAUACGCCAGCGGCGCGCCCCCUCCUCCUCCCUCCGACAAUGCUCCUCCUCCGCCUCCCAGCGAUCAGCCUCCCCCGCCUCCUCCGGGCGCCUGA